AUGUGCACGUGCGUGUGCGUCCGGGGCUGCGGUGUUGCUGUGAUACUGCCAAUAGGCGGGACCGUGGCUCCGCAGUGUGAUGGUGCGCGCCGCACAGCUGGAUUGCGCGCAGAGGAAGGUCUGACUGGCACGAGGCUGUCCGCUCCAGCUGCGGACGCUGUUUUUUUGUUUUUCUGCGCGUCACAACUUGCGCACGCGGAUAAGACUUUAUUUUUGAGACAGAGACAGCAGAUCCUCCAGGAGACGGAUCCUCUCGACACUUGUGGAGGACUUGAGGCGCAGGACCCUGCGGAUCCCCCCCUCCCGGUGAUGUAAGGCUGCUUCCCCGUGAGAGGCGCGAACCGAGCACACAGCAGCGAUGGAGUCUAUCUUGUCGGAGCAGUCGGCCACGGUGGACGCGCUGGUGGAGGCCAGCAUCCAGGCCUUCGAUGAGAAGGGCGCCGUGAAGGAUCCCACCUUGGUCAGCAUGUUCCUGAUGAUGCACCCCUGGUACGUCCCGUCAACAGAACUGGCCAAGAAGCUGGUGCUCAAGUCUCAGGAUGAGAGCUGCACCGCCGAGCGCCGGUUAAGGAUAUGUCACCUCAUCAAGUACUGGAUUUCUGAGUUCCCUGCGGAGUUCAAUCUGAACCCGGAGCUGGUGGACCAGAUCAAAGACUAUAAAGACCUCCUGACCACGGAGGGCAACGAGCGGCAGAGCCAGCUCAUUGACCUGUCCAGCGUGCCGUCCUACAAAUGGAAGCGGCAGGUUACCCAGCGGGUGCCGUCCGUGUCCAAGAAGAGGAAAAUGUCGCUGCUGUUCGACCACCUGGACUCCUGCGAGCUGGCCGAGCACCUCACCUACCUGGAGUACAAGUCCUUCUGCAAGAUCCUGUUCCAGGACUACCACAGCUUCGUGAUGCACGGCUGCACGGUGGACAACCCCAUCCUGGAGCGCUUCAUCACGCUCUUCAACAGCGUCUCCCAGUGGAUCCAGCUCAUGGUGCUGAGCAAGCCCACCGCCCCGCAGCGGGCCGCCGUCAUCUCCCACUUCAUCAGAGUGGCUCAGAAGCUGCUUCAGCUGCAGAACUUUAACACCCUGAUGGCGGUGGUGGGCGGCCUGAGCAACAGCUCCAUCUCUCGUCUCAAAGACACGGAAACCCACAUCAGCGCCGAGACCAACAAGGUCUUCAACAGCCUGAUCGAGCUGGUGACGUCCUGCGGGAACUACAGCCAGUACCGCAAGCGCUUCUCCGAGUGCUCGGGCUUCCGGUUCCCCAUCCUCGGCGUGCACCUGAAGGACCUGAUCGCCGUGCACGUGGCGCUGCCGGACUGGGCCGACAAAGAGAGGACGCGGGUGAACCUGGCCAAGACGCAGCAGCUGUACGCCAUCCUGCAAGAGCUGGCGCUCGUCCAGAGCACGCCCCCCAACGUGGACGCCAACACGGACCUGCUCAACCUGCUCACAGUCUCUCUGGACCAGUACCACACAGAGGAGGAGAUCUACCAGAUGUCUCUGCAGAGAGAACCGCGCAAACCGGCGCAGAACUCCAGCCCCGCCGCCGCUCCGGACCCCAAACCCACCAUGAUCGACGACUGGGCCGUGUCGGUGAAGCCCAACGCCGACCCCACGAUCAUCAAGAAGCACAUCGAGAAGAUGGUGGAGUCAGUUUUCAAGAACUUCGACACGGACGGCGACGGCCACAUCUCCAGGGACGAGUUCGAGGCGAUCCGGAACAACUUCCCUUACCUCAGCAAGUUUGGCGAACUGGACAAGAAUCAAGACGGGCAGAUCAGCAGGGAGGAGAUGAUAGACUACUUCAUCCAGGCCAGCUCGCUGCUCAACUGCAAGAUGGGCUUCAUCCACACGUUCACCGAGGCCACCUACGUCAAGCCCACGUUCUGCGAGCACUGCGCCGGCUUUAUAUGGGGAUUCUACAAGCAAGGCUACAAGUGUAAAGCCUGCGGGGUCAACUGCCACAAGGCCUGCCGGAGCCGCCUGGCCGUGGAGUGCCGCAAGAGGACCAAGAGCAUCAGCCACGAGACGCCGCCGGCGCUGCAGGCGCGGUCCUACAGCUUCCCGCCGCCCGCCAACACCCCGCCCAGCCUGCAGAACACGGUCAUCGCCGAGGAGGACAUCGAGUCGGUGGAGGAAGGAGUGUUCGAUGUCCACCUAUAACCAGAGUCUCUCCUCCAGUUUGGUGCACGAGGAGCCGGAGGAGCCCCCCCCCACCCCCCACCUCCCUCUCACUGAGGAGAGGCUGCACUGAACACAGGCCAGGACGCCUCCACACUGCCGCCCAGUGGCCACACACUGCCACUGCACCCCUCCUCUCAAAGCAUUCAGUGUUCGUGUGAAAACUUUAGUGUGUUUUGAAGAAAAAAAAAAUCCAUGAAAUUGUAUUUUCUUGGUGGAAUGUUACAGUUUAUAGUGUGAGCAGACUGUGAGUGAUCGGCAUGGCUGUUUUUUUUUCUUCUUCUGUCUCUUUCUAUCUAUGAAACACUUAAGAAUGUCAAGACGAAGCUUUUAUCCGAGCAGCUUUAUUUCCCCUGCUUCUGUUUACCGUCUUGUUUUCUUCAAAUCCAUUCCAGACACACCAAUAAUGGGACCAAUUUCGUCGUCUGAUUUAAAAGAAAAAAAAUGUUGAUUUGUGAUGGUCGUUAUUGAAGUGUGAUAACAAAAGCGGCCAUUUAGCCAAGAAAAGAAAAAAAAAACCCUAACAAUCUGGCUAUAAUUAGCACUGGACUUUGAAGAACGGUAUAUUUUUGUCAUGUUUACCUGGAUAUCAG